AUGGGGCCUGAUACAGUAUUAUCUAGCGAAGAAGAAAAUAAUCUGGAGAAAUGGAUUUUGUCAAAAGCUUUAUUAGGAUUUCCAAUGCAUUCUGAUGAGGUGAAAGACUCUGUGCAAAAAGUUUUGAAAGAAACUGAACGCGAUAAUCCAUUCACUGAUGAUAGACCUGGAAAAAAAUGGUUGCAACUAUUUCUCCAAAGACAUCCAACUAUUACUCAGCGAAACACAGAAAUCAUCUCUAAAGCACGGGCAUCAGUGACUGAACAAAGUAUUGGUUUGCUGAGCUCAAAGACUACUUAA